AUGUGGCGCCAGUUUGGAUCUCGCACGGUAAAGGGCCAGCACGGCCAGCACGGCCAACCAGGCCCUUGCGAGUUGGCUGCGAAAAAGGAUGAAGCCUGUAGUCGCGGUGGUGACCUGCGUCCUUUCCUAUCAAAUGACCUACACAUCCCGCCGCAGUCGCAUCUAGGCAACGACACCUUUAGUUGGUGUCGCUGUUCGCCCAUUGCAUAUAGCCUCGCUGUUGCUUGUGCCAGGUGUCAAUCUAAGGAAGCGCCAAAAUGGGACACCUGGACAACCGGUUGCAAGAAACCAUUGGACAUACGGUUGCACCCAGCUGUUGGAAACCUACUGAAAAUCCCUGUCGAAGCCUUCGCCGACGUUAGUCGCAUCGGCCACACUCCCCUCUCAGGCAUAUUUUGCGGACACGGCCAAGGUUCAUCAGCAUCAUCGGCGGGCUCCACUUCAUCGUCCUCUUCCUUGACGACCUCUGCCCCGCAUCAUUCUUCAACUGACAUUUCUGUCAGUUCCACGCUCACGUCGUCCCCAACCUUAUCUACCGAUACAUUCUCUAGCGCAAACAUUUCAUCAACUGAUGCCACUUCCAUUUCAGCCACCACAAGCCUCAAUGCCACGACCUCUACUCUGCUCUCCUCGACUCCGUCGACCCGUUCCAGGACAUCGACUGCGCACAAUGCACCGACGUCAUCGCAGAACAGAGGGCCAACGGGAUCAAGACCACCAACCACUUCCAGUGUUGCCCCCACUGCAACAGUUACGACGACGCCUCAAUCGGAUGCCGAUGGAGCCCUUGCUGUGUCGCCAACCCACAGCUCUAAAUCUUCAGCCCGUCAACAGGUCGUUGUGGUUGUGUCGAGUUCCUCGGCGACAUGGUGGACGGUUACUUCAUCAUCGACCAACACGAUCGCUCCGUCGUCAGCCCCUAAGACCUCGACCUCAUCAUUCAGUCGCAGCCACAUCCCAACAUCAUCACCGACACCAUCCCAACCGAAUAACGGUCCAUCUAUACCAACAAUCGGGCAUGCUUCUCCGACCAGCCUGGACCGAACAUCUACACCUACGCCCACGCCUUCUUCGUCCAGCACUGUCCUCCAGUCUACCGACGAUACCAUCAAAACGCAGUGGAAGAUAGCUGGGUCAGUUCUUGGCGUCGUAUUCGCUGGGUCCAUAAUUGCAGCUGUGGUGUUACUAUUUCGGUUCAGGCGCCGGAGGCGGCAGUUCGCUCCUUCUGCACAGUAUGCGCGUAUGUAUAUGUACAAUUCGUCGGGUGAGGGUGGGGGCUAUGGGAGCCUCGAAGGCGGCGGUUUGCCAGGAGGAAGGGGCGGGACGGCCGAGUUGAAGAGCCCGAGGGAGAUGAUGGUGGUACAGAAGGACCUAGACCGGGAGCGUCUACUGGGUGGAAGGGGUGGGACGCCACUGGCGAGUCAGGUUGAUUUGGCUGGCGAACAUAAGGCUUUGAAGGGUGGUGGAGAGGGAAGCCUCAAAGGAGGGCCAGUUGGUGAGGCCUUCACAACGUCGAGGAACGUCACAGCGGCUUCUUUACCUCCAAGGCUGUCCAUCCCAGACAGCUACUACAAUCCCGACUCGGAACCGUGCUCACCCGCGGCAGAGUCCUCCAUAAAUAUGUACUUGUCACCUACAAGCACUGGCGACGAGCACCACACCGAUUCCAACCACUCGUCGUCUUCGCCUCCUUCCGCGGGGUCCUCCAUUCAUCGGCGUCGCCACAGCUCCAUUUUUGGAGGAGCACUUCGUCCAUUGCCAUUGCCUAGUGUACCCGAGACGUCUUCCCGCGCAUGA